AUGACACACAGGAAUGUCCUGAAGGCCACCAUUGAUGUUCCUGAAGCAGGAGAAGUCAACUUCCAUUGCACCCACCUCCAUCAUCUUGGUGAGAGCUGGAGGAUGAGGCCGAUUAAUGCUAUAAUGCAAUCAAGCAAUGAGCCCCACAUCUUGGCUGGAGGCCUCAAUUCUUUGGAUGAGUCAGACUACUCUCAAGAAAGAUGGACUGAUAUUGUAAAGUAUUAUGAGGAUAUGGGUAAACCAAGGCCUAAGGUUGAAGUAAUGAGAUACUUGAAGAGCAAGCAGUACACAGAUGCAAAGGACUUUGAAGGAGAAUAUGAGUCAGUAGUUAUGAUUGCUAAAGGCCAAAAUUUAGGGUUUGGUUUGUUGAAGGAAGGGCAGGUUCUGGCUUGGGAUCUGCAUUUAUCUCCUACAUAUUAUGAGGAUAUGGGUAAACCAAGGCCUAAGGUUGAAGUAAUGAGAUACUUGAAGAGCAAGCAGUACACAGAUGCAAAGGACUUUGAAGGAGAAUAUGAGUCAGUAGUUAUGAUUGCUAAAGGCCAAAGUAAACCAACCCGAAUUAGCCUCUGCAAACUCACCUUACAAAUUUCUUCCAAUGGGACAUCAGAUCAUCAUAUAGUGAGAGUUGAUGUUGUAAAAGUGGGUAAUUGUGGUGAAGAAAGAAACACAGAAGAAGGCAGCUGA